CGACAAGCAUCGCAUCCCAGUUCGAAAGUUGCCCGGCAGCUCCUCCGCGAGCGUGUUCUCUUGACCGUUGCUCCUCUUCGCCGUGUUGCACUCUCGGCGGCCGCACGCAGCUUUUUUUCCUCGCGCGUGUGCGCGGAGCGCCGUGUUUUCUCCAUUCGCUGUUGGGCGCGAACCCCGGACCUGCGCAAAGUCUCCCAACAGGCCAGCCCGCGGGUGCGGGUGGCGAACUAUGGUACUGUGCGGCGGACGACAUGUGGCAGAUGAUGACGGUCGCAGGUUGCUGCGCAGCACCGAGCAACUCAACCAGCAGAAGCAAGGCACUGCAUUUCAGCAUGUCAGGGAGAACAUUGAGGACCUCAAUGGGCGUGUCGGUGCUCGAGACACUGACCUCAUCUUUCUCAAGGGUCUCAUGGAAUCACCUGUUAUGACCUGUUUGGUGCAGGUUCAAGAUCACCUCGAGGAGAAAACUACAACGUUCAAGCCUGUUUCUACAAACAAUGUAGAACUUCUGCGGGAAGUCUGCCAGGCUUGCCGACGGGUGACUAGUCGUGAAACCCAAGAACUUGCCAGCAUCCUUAGUGGUCCUCACUUCUCAGCUUUGCUCAAUGCCCAUGAUGCUGUAGCUACAAAAAGCUACGAACCUGCCAAGCCACUGCCUCUGGAGAAAGAAGUGCCAGCAAUGACACCUGAAACACUGAAUGACACUAUCAGAAUGGUGGGGAUCAGAAAGAAUGAUGACGAGCCUCUGGGCAUAACGGUACGAGUGGAGAAUGAUAACUUGAUCAUUGCCCGCAUCCUUGCUGGUGGUAUCAUCGACAGACAAGGACUGCUGCAUAUUGGAGAUACAAUUCUGGAAGUGAAUGGCAUACCAGUCCACACACCUGAACAGCUACAGCUGCAACUGAAAAAGGCUCAAGGAAGUGUUGCAUUCAAGAUACUUCCCUCUUACCAUGACAGCCUUCCAACAUUUCAGUGCUUCGUGAAAGCACUGUACACGUAUGACCCAUCAAAGGAUACUCUGCUGCCAUGUAAGGAAAUUGGGCUAGCCUUCAAGCAAGGUGACAUUUUACAAGUGCUGAAUCAGGAGGACCCGAAUUGGUGGCAGGCCAGGAGGGUCUCUGCCUCAGGUCCAGCAGGCCUUAUUCCAUCUCAAGAACUUGAGGAACGGAGACGAGCAUUUGUGCGGCCAGAGUAUGACUAUGCAACAAAGACAAAAAUGUGUGGCACAAAGAUUACAAAGAAGAAGAGAAAAACUAUGUAUGAAAGCAAGGCAUCGGCAGAGUUUGAAAAAGCUGAGCUGCUACUGUAUGAAGAGGUUGCUCGGAUGCCACCAUUUGAGCGUAAGACACUUGUGCUUGUUGGAGCACGAGGUGUUGGUAGACGUUCCCUGAAGAACAAGCUUAUCAGCUAUGAUCCUGUGCACUUUGGAACACCACUUCCUCACACAUCUCGACCUAUACGGGAGACAGAAACUGAUGGAAAAGUAUAUUACUUUGUAUCUCGAGAGGUCAUGGAAGCUGACAUAGCUGACAACAAGUACCUCGAAUGGGGUGAGCAUGGUGGUCACCUUUAUGGCACCAAACUGGACACCUUGCGUGCUGUCAUCCGCUCUGGAAAAAUGUGCGUCGUGGACUGCAGUCCCCAGUAUCUGAAGAUCCUGAACACACCGGAGUUCAUGCCUUAUGUGGUCUUUAUUGCUGCACCUCAGCUGGAGCACUUUCGACAGAUGCAUGAAUAUGGCCGUCAUCAUGGAUACGGAAGCAGCCGCAACCUGACGUUCGACCGAGCCAUGAGUCGACAUGGUUCACGCCGGGCAAGAACCCUUGAAAGCUUGGCAUCUCUCCAGGAGCAAAAAGGAAAACUCAAGGCUCGAGAUGAAGAUCUCAAGAGGACCAUUGAGGAAAGUGCCCAACUUCAAAGAGCGUAUGAGCGAUAUUUCGACACAGUGCUUGUGAACAACAAUUUCGAGAAGACCUUCGAACAGCUCAAGGAUGUAAUUGAUUCAUUAUCAACAGAACCUCAAUGGGUUCCCAUUUCAUGGGUUUACUGAGAUUGUCCUUUUGUUUCGUUUGACAGAGUUCACACUUAAAAUAAUCUGGUUUUUGUUGGUUCAAUUGAAAGAAUUCUAUCAACAGUAAGAAAUUGACGAUCCAAAAAUAUUUUGCAGAACUUAAAAACCAUUCCUUGAUAUGAUGAGUCGAUGCUCAUUGUUUAUGCUUAAUGCUGAGGUUACGGUAUACAAGAGGAGACUCAAAGUAAUGAAAAUUUUUUUCUUCAACUAGGUAUCAUAUUUAUUCUAACAUUCCCAAGCAUCAUUCUGCUUAAGAGCCGUCUCUAAUUAAAAAUGGACUUGUGCACUGCUUCACCUACUGUUAAAAACAGCAGAACCACUCCUGUAAAUCUGUGCUUCUUGGUUUUUUUUUGUUUGCCUCAUCCACAUCUUAAGAACUUAUGAAUUAAUUUCUUUUUUUGAGGUAAAGUCACAAGGGGUAAAAUGUGGGGCAUUGUUCAAGCAGAAUGAGUAGCAUUGUCACAUGAUUCAUGUUGGAAAGUGCUGCUUACUCAGUGCUAUGCUGGUGAGAGCGUUGUGGCAGUGCACAAGCCAUUUACCCUUGUUCCACAAAUUGAGGUUAUUUUCUGUUAGCUAUAUUGUAAUAUCUUGGAUAUUUCAGUGUAAAAAUGCUGACUGACUGUUGAAAAGUGUUUAAAAAGCACAAACCAUUUGAUAUAAUGAACUCAUAGUUGGAACUGAAGUUUAUGCACACCUUGUUGUUUUGCGUCCACUUUUACAAAACUGUCAUGGAAAGUGAUGGAGGCUCAUGAUGAAGCACUGAGUAGUCAUAUGCAAUGAUAUUACAUCCCCUCUCAACUCGUUGAAAAAAAGUCUCAUCAUUUUUUUAUCUUCUCUGGUACGGUAGGAACACACGUUAGAAGACAUCCAGGUUUUGUACCGCAUCUUUGUUGUGCUUAGAUCUGAUAGUGGGCAUAGUGGAUGCCAUAAUUCAAUAUAAACGAAUCUCUUUUUUUGUUAUCAUUAUUUUUCACCUUGUGACAUGGCCGUUUAUCGUGUCGUUUAUGUACGAAGACCUAAAAGCAUAUGUAUGCUGUACAGUGCUGGCCUAGGCCAUGCUAACUCCGUCCAUUUGUUUAAUACAUAUCUGGCAUUUUUGUAGCUGUGAUGGCUGCACCAAAUACCAGAGGAACUCCUAAAUAUUGUGUUUAGGCAUUCCACUUGGCAAUGUGUUUGUUAGCCAAAUGAGGAAUCUCAGAGAUAGCUGCCGGAGCAGCAUUGUUUUACAUCAGAUGUAAUUCUUUCUGUUGCACAUUCCAUUUUAAAGCUGUUUGUUGAUUUUGAGUCUUGCCUAAUAUUACAGUAUGUGCAUAGUUUUCUGAUGCAAAGCAUGUUCUUUUAUCUGUUUGUGUAUACAUGUGUGCAUGUGUGUAUGCAUGUGUUGAAUGAACACGGGCCUCUUGGCAUUUCUGCAACUGAUGAUGCCACCUAAAAUGAUUACACACACAUCGCUCAUAGUACAGAAAAUCAUCUGCAUCCAGUUCCAUGCAGAGCAUACUAAUUUUUGUCAGUUGCUCUCGGGGUCCCUGUGUCAUAUUUUUGUCUUGAAACGGGAGUAUGCACGGGCAACUGUUUGUGUAAAGCUUACUAGUAAAAACCUCAUGCCAUUCUUGUGAUUCAUAAUUCUACCUUGUUAUAUUAAACUAAUGUUGUUGAAGUAAGACUGGUAAGACAGUAAAAGCAGGCGUUUUAUUGUUAGAAAUAUUAUUUACAAUAUGCCAUAAAUCAUGCAUAAUUUCAUGGCUUGACCCUGGCUGCAGUGGCAGUGAACGAAUAGGGACUGCAUCUAACAAUUCAGAUUUAGUAUGUAUCAGGUGCACAUGAGACAAGUUCCAGGUGGUCAAAAUUAAACUUGAGUGUGCCACUUUGGUGUGCUUCAUAAUCAGAAUGAGGUUCUAGAAAAAAAAAAAAGAAACCCUAACAAUUUAUGUACACAUCUCAGUUGUAUUAAUAUAUUUUGCCCUGUUAAAUGAUGCAAUUAGGGGACAUACAUAGCUGGUUGCUUGUUAUAUAUACACAGUGCUUGUCAUCAUUACUGAAGUCUUCAAUCAAGAAUGAAAAAAGUUUACUGUGCACUUCUUUUUGUAAGCUUGACAGUUUGCAUGGGAAAACUCGCAAAUAUGUCUUCAUAUAUGACAUGUUUCCAGUUCUGGUUGUUUAUAUGCAUGUGCAGGCAAAUGUUGCUUCAAUUUGGAGGUGUACACCUGCUUGUAUUGUACAGUAGGUCGGUGCCUUGUGGAACAGGGUGUGUGGUGGCACAAGAGUGAGUAGUGCACAGACUGAAGAAUAUACUUAAUGCAAUAGAGUACCUGUUAAGCAGUCCUGCUUGUCUAUAAAAAUUAGUAUCACUUAUUGUGGUUGAAAGAAUAUGAUGAGGUAGUGUUAGUGAUCACUGUUGCUCACUUGGUCAUUAUGUGUGUAGUUUUAUGGAAUGCACUGUGCAAAAUUUACAUUCUUGCCUGUGAGGAAAGGUUAAGUGCAUUCUAGGUUUUGGAUACGUGUGAGUGUAGCUGUACCUUUGUAUUUGUAGAUUACGUGCACCUUUUGAUACCACAGUGAUACCAUGAUGCAACAGCAACACUUUGUCAUAUGAUGAGUGCUCAGGUAUUAAGUGAAAUGUGACAAAGGCACUGGUAGUAAAUAACCAAGGGUAAUAUGCUUUUGGCAUGUUGAUAUUUUUGUGAGAGUAAAUAAUGUACUUUAUUAAGAAACCUGUGAAUUUCAUCACAUGUUUUAGUUUUCGAUAUUCAUAUGCAUGAUAUUUUGUAAGCAGAAGCAUUCAACAUGUGUGCUUAUAAUGGCUGUAACUUUUGUCCAGUAAGGUGCUUUUUGUAAUACUUUGAGUUUACUGACAUCACAAAUAGUAACUGACAUGAAUUCUCUUAUUGGAGUGUACGAUAUUUUGCAUCAUCAUCUGCUACUGAUUAUGUGCCAUGCAGAAUUUUGAUGUAAGCUUGUAUGCCAACCAAGUGCAGUCUACUUUUUUUCGGAGAGCUUAGAUGUAUUUUUGAAAAGUGUUUGCUUCAAGAGUGAAGCAUGUUUUUUAUACCUCGCGUAGGAUUUUUUUUACUACAGCCAGUUGCAACCAUUUAUCCAAAUGAACUAUCCCCGUGAAAAAAAUUUCUGAGUAAUCUGCUGUUCCGACACUUUGUAUGACUGAAUUAACUUGGUCAUCUUUACUAUGUAUUGAAUUUAGGGUUUCCCUUCUGCUCCUCGAUUUACACAUUGCCCUCAUUGAAUGCUUUUAUUUGCAUAACAAAUGUGGUACUAAUUAGUGACAUAGUAUGUUCAGUGUCACUUGCACUUGUUUCAAAAUUUUGCCCUUGAUGGCUUCUAGUGUUGUCCCAUAAUUUUGUGCAAAGACAAAUGUUUUGUUACAUGGUAUAAAAAUCUGUUUUAAUUAAAUAGAUCAGCUUUGCAAUGACAAACUCAGCUUUUGUGUUGAUUAGGUACAAUGCGCCUUCAGUUCAUGAAGUUGUAAUGAAGUCAUGGCUCACAGUUUUAUAACCCUAGCUGCAUACUUGAGUCUUAAUGCCUGGUAGCUACUUCAUGAAUUAUGAACAGGCACAUUUGGUUGUGGCAGCUGCUUGUGGUACAUUGUACCUUCUUCUGUUAUUGCCCCAAAUGGUUUCUCUGCUGUAACAUUGUCAUGUGAAAAACGUCUGCUUCAAAUAACAGUUCUUUAAUACACAUACAUUUUUAUAUUUUAGCCAAACUUUAUUAACAUUAACAGAAUUUUCAUUGCAACGAGGCACCAUUGAAUUAGAAACAGAUCUCGCACUGCCUGAUGACACUGUUGUAUGAAAAUAAACCAAGCAGACUGAUGGUAUGUUUUCGAGGCACUAUACAGCCAUUCCAUUUUUACAUUUGUGCUGGAAUUUUCAUUUUUAAGCUCACAUGUAUUAUAUAUCUAAGGUCUCUAUGAACUCAGAUUUUUAUAGAGCUGUUACCUGGUUGCCAUUUUGGCAUCACCCGUCCAGAAUUGUGCCUUUGACAGCUGUACAAUAAAUUUGUGUUGCAUUCAUGCUAGAAUGCUUUUUC